GUGGGACAAGGGAUUUAAUGAACAAAAGAGGUGUCUGGUUAAAAUAAGUGACUCACUAAAGCUAUAACAGAAGACAGCUUGGCCAGUGCACAUGCUUAUUGUCUUCCAUAGUGUUGCCAGUGACCUUCAAUAAGCAGUACGCUUUAUGGGCCAGAUCUUCAGUUUGGGUAAAUGGAUGUAGCUCUAUGGAUUUCAGUGAAGCUACGCCUGUUUACACCAUCUGAGGAUCUGGCCUUUUAUCUCCAUUGUCUGCCUAGUAUCUUUAUUAAAUUCCAUGACCCAUACGGCUAUAGUUUCUUCUUUUUUAUGACCCCUAGGAGACGCAGAUGCAACAAAGGAGGGAUUUUUCACUGGUGGCCAUGGAGCUUUCUGCCAGCGAACUCAGCAUUUAUGACAAGCUAUCAGAGACCAUUGACCUGGUGAGGCAGACUGGACACCAGUGUGGAAUGUCAGAAAAAGCCAUUGAGAAGUUUGUCAAGCAGCUUUUGGAAAAGAAUGAGCCCCAAAGGGGACCCCCCAGGUACCCUCUCUUGAUGGCUCUCUACAAGGGCCUGCUUACCCUGGGCUUAAUCUUGCUAACUGUGUACUUCGUGAUGCAGCCGUAUAGCCCUUCGCCACCUGAAACCACGCUCUCCAAGUCCCAUACCUGGGGCUUCCUCGUCGGUCACAUCCGGCUGCUGUCUUUGCCUAUUGCCAAGAAGUACAUGCUGGAGAAGUGCCAUGACUGGUGGGAACUUGAUUGCAGGCAGAAUGGUUCUGAGAUUCCUGCCAACUGCUCUUGCUGCGCUGCCAUUCAAAGCCUCCAAGUAGUGACUGACCUAGGACAAUUAUCAGAAAACCUUCAGAGGCCUCAGCCCCUCUUAAUCAAGACAGGGCAGCAUCUGUCUUACGAUGAACUGAAGCAUUUUCAGUCCCAGUACCCGGAAUUGACAGAGAUCACAAUAGAAGAGAAUUCAGCUGAACUCUGGCGCUGCCUUCCAAGACAGAUGUUUCCAUUUGCCUUCCCCUGGUACAAAGCCCUGAAUAAAACUCAGAUUCUCCAGGAACUUUUCCCUGCCUUUUCUUUGCUGGCGUUCCCAAAGGCAAUCUCCCUGGAAAGCUGCUUUCUCAUUCGCAACCCAGAGUUAGGGAAUAAGACCCACAGACUGCACAGCAUGUUUGCUGUUGGAAGUGGCCAGCUAACCCUGAAUAUUGCACCUUCCACUGAGUGCAGAGGACACUGCAGGACUCUGUCGGUGGAGUUGGAAGCUGGGGAUUUUGCUGUGGAACUGAGCUGGUCCCUUACAGAUGAUGACAAGAGGUUGAUCGUGGAGAUGCACAACCACUACCGCUCCCAGGUCUCCCCUCGUGCUGCAGACAUGCUGAAAAUGAGCUGGGCCCCCGACCUGGAAGCGUUUGCCAAAGCCUAUGCAGCGAAGUGCAUCUGGGGCCACAACAAGGAGCGGGGCCGGCGGGGUGAGAACCUCUUUGCCAUUACCGAUGAGAUGGACGUGGAGGUGGCCUUGGAGCAGUGGUACAACGAGCACGAGCACUACAACCUGACCACGUCCAAGUGCACCAUAGGACAGAUGUGUGGCCACUACACCCAGGUGGUCUGGGCAAACAGCGAACGCGUUGGCUGUGGGAUGCAAUUCUGUAAAACCCUGCAUGGUGUCGAGGAACCUGAUCUCUACCUGCUGGUCUGCAACUAUGAUCCCCCCGGCAACGUGAGGGGUCGCAAGCCGUACAAGGAAGGACCUCCGUGCUCCAAGUGCCCCGAGGGCUAUACGUGUAGGAAUUCAAUCUGUGAACCCAGUGUAGACUCAGAAGAGGCCUCUACAUCCUCUAGGACAACAAGGCCAAACCUCAUCACUAGGCCAGCUCUCGCCACAGCUACCAUGAGUCCGACCACUACCGCUACCAUAACGCCACCACCCACCACCGUGAAAAAAAGGCUGGCACCCACCACCACCACGAGGCCUGCACCCACUACCACAAGCCCCACCACCACUACUCUAGGGCCAGCACCCACCACCACCAUCGCCACAACAAGGUCGAACCCCACCACGACCACAAGGCUGCCACCCACCUCCACCCCCACCACAAGCCCGCCAUCUACCCGAACAGCAAGGCCCAACCCCACCACGGCCACUGGGCCAACAUCCUCCUUAGAGCCCACCUCAGACCUGGACCGUAAAACAUCUCCAGAAAUGCAAGUGGACUCUGAGGAGACUGGUGCCCCAUUGGUGACCUUGGAGGCUGUGACCUUUCUAGACCUGGAGUUGACCCUCAGCCCGACUGCCUCUCCAGAAAUGGAGGAAGACUUGAAGGAGUCUGAUGCAACCUCCGUGAGAGCUGAGCCAGCCCUCUCCUCAGAGCCACCUCCAUCCUUCAGCCUUACGACUCUAGAAACCAAUCUAAGCUUGGAAGAUACCAAGCAGCCCCGACCUGCCCUAAAGCCAGCACCUGCCACUGCUAAGGAGAUCUCCCUCCUGCACUUAUUACCACCUUCCAAGGCUGCAGGGGGGCACAGCCUCCCUGUCCAGUCCUCCCUGUCAGGUGCCAGAGAGACCGAAGAGCUGAUGACGGGCCCCACAAAGAAAGACUUGGACCAGCAAAAUGUUUCAGCCACCAGCAACCUUCUGGAGUUCUCUCUCUUCCUAGUGGCCGCUCCCCUGCUGACAGGCCUUCUGCUCUGAAGGGUCUGCCUCGACCCUCUGUGCUCCUAUCCUCAAACUCUCCUCCAGUACUGAUUGUCCCGCUGCCCUGCUGGGCAUGGGGCAUAUCAGUCAGGUGAAGACCCCCUACUGGGCCUUCUUGUCACUGGCUAAGUCCACUCCAAUCCAGAUAUACUUAGCAGUGCCUGGCAAACCACACCAGCCAUUCUGUUAUGCUAGCACUGCUGAGACCCUGCUAUCCCUGGAUACCAAUAAAAGGGGGUUAGCUAAGUUUUAAGUGCCCAGCUCAUCUGUUAAAGGGGCAAGAGCAGCUGGGUGAAGAGAGGGGAAUUUCCUUGGUGCCUCUUCCUCCCCAAGCUCUAACUCUAACCUGAAGUUCCAUAAUUCCUACUCCAGCCUGACUCAGAGAUGGGACUCCUUAAUACUGAAGAUCCUGGAUCCCAACUGGUCUGGAGGCAUGGUGCUUCAUGGCCCUCCCCCUAACCAGAAACAAUGAAUGAUCUACUAUCUUUGUGGGACUGUAAGGUCCUUCUCCACAAAUCCUAUAUGAAAGGCAGUGCAGACAUGGAUGGUGCAACCCUAUCUAAACUCCUCUUGCUUCCUCCACCAAAUGUGUCUACAGUGCACAUGCCCCUUCAGGAGAGCCAGGAAUUGAACCCUGCUCAUCAGUUUUGCUUUGUCCAUUGCAUGCAUCCCAUUCCAGAGUUACUCCAUGUGGCAUGGUUCUUAUUUUUUGGUGCAUGGGAAAAAAUAUUUCUGCACUGGAGAGGAGGUGGUGGCUCAUUAUAAAACUCCUGUUGGUGUCCUCUAUAUCUUGUGGCAUGACUUUAGACUAGCUUCUCUUGAGUACCUGAAAUGUACGAUGUAUUUCAAGUUAGAUACAGAUCCUGGCCACCUAUGGUGUAUGUAUCUUAUACACACAGUGGAACCUGACCCAGCAAAAAUCCGGUGGUGUGGUGGAGUUCAAAGCAAAUUCUGCUUGGGGUUAUCCACUGGAAGCACGACUUACCAUAGAGCAGCUUUCACUGUAUGUGGCAUUCAUGUUUGUUUCCCCUCUGCAUGUCUGCUCCAUGUAUCUUACAUUUCAAAAAAAGGUGUAUUAACUACAUGACAAGCCUCAGGUGCCAAUUGAUAUGAACCUUUUAGCAACCAUAGUGUCCCUUGGUUUUGCUACCUGAUGAGGUGGGGACUGACGUGAAUCCCAUAGCCCCUUGGCUAUGAGGGACACUGUUUCCAAUACCCCAUGAGGUCCUGCUCUCAAUAAAUGCUGUUCUGAAACCAUCAUGCUGGAGCGUACCAUGUUUCACUGAGUGGCGGAUGGAGUCCUGUGGCUGGGAGCUUGGUAACUUGCAUGUGAAAGACUCUUGGCUGUUUUCUUAGUGGAGAGAGAAAUGGCUUCUGUGGUCCCUCCCUUCUUUGCGGUAGUGCUAGGAAUGAGGCAAAGUCCCUUGUUCAUUUCCUUCAGGAUCCCCGAGCAUUAUGAGAGUGGGGGUGUGCACAACAUGUAACUCAGUAGCUCUCAACCUUUCCAGAUGACUGUCCCCCUUUCAGGAGGCUGAUUUGUCUUGUGUAUCCCCCAAGUUUCACCUCACUUAAAAACUACU